GGAGGAAGGUGGAGUGCAGAGCAGCUUUUCUGCUCUUGCGAGGGUCGAAGCAGCAGCUGGCGGGUGUUUGCAGAUCUUUUGUUUCAUUAUCUUUUCCAGGAUCUUUCCAGGUAGUGAUGACAGGCUAAUUGGCCUGUAGUUUUUUGGAUCCAUUUUACUCUCCUUUUUUGAAGAUGGGAACUACAUCAGCUCUUUUCCAGUACACCUGUAGUUCCUUGGUGCGAGAAGAUCUUUCAAAGAGAUGGUUCAAUGGUUCUUAGAUCACGUCUGCCGGCUCCUUCAGAAUUCUGGGAUGUAAUGAAUGUGGUCCUUGUGGUUAGAACUCAUCUAGAAUGGACAGGUGUUUUCCUAUCAUUUUCUUGCCUGUUUUAAUUUGUAUUCCUAGCCUGCCUUUUACAGUUAUGUUUUUGGUUGUUUUUUUCUUUUUGCCUGAAGACAAACAGGAUGGCAAUAAGAGCACCUCGGGACAGCUGUAAAUAACAAGCAACAUUGAAAAGGGAAGAAAAUCAUCCCAGAAAUCAAAAGAUUUUCCAUUCUCUUCAGAAAACAAUACAAUUUUGCUCCUCCUCCAGCAGCUGUUAGAGAAAAGAGAGAAAUUCAAGAAAGAUUUCAAUCCAGAAUAAGCAGAUUAUGCAGAACUGAAGGAUACAUUAUAUGAAAAGUGAAGGGAGAUUAUUUAUCCUUCAGCAAAAGAGGGAAAUAUCUGGAAGUCAGUGGGGAGGAAACUGUCAAUAGUAAAGUCACGUAGAGCAGACAGGAAUGCAGGCCUCUCCCUGUGAGGAAGAAAGCGGCUUGAAUGAAAGGACCACUAAACAAGGCAUUGUUCAGAUUUUUGACUUCCCCAAGAAUAUCAGCUGUGGAAAAACUCCAUAGAUUUGCCUAUUCUGGGAAAAGUACAGAUUGCAAAUAACAGCUGAUUAUGCAACAAGAAGCCAGAAAGGAGAAAAGCAUUGUGGCAAAAACUAAGCUUUAGUGAGCAUGGCAACAUGGUGCUACAUCAGAUAACUCACAGGAGGGAGAAAACAUAUGACUGCAGAUUGUGUGAAAGUUUCAUUAGAAAUUCUCAGGUCAUGAGACACUAAAGGACGCGCACACAGGAAUAAAAACCAUUUGAACAUCCUUUCUGAAGGAAGUUUCAGUGAGAAUUCCAUCCUGGUGAAGCACUUGAGGACUCACAAAAGUGAAACCCUUUGAAUGUCCUGAUUGUGGAAAAGUUUGUCACAAUUGCAUCAGUAGGUUGAUUAUAGGGAGAGACUGUAUGAGUGUCUAGAUUGUGGGAAAAGCUUCAUUAGAAAUUUCCAUCUCACACACCAGAGAACUCACACAGAAGAGAAACCCUUUGAAUGUCCUGAUUAUGGGAAAGUCACAAUUCCAGCCUGGUGAUACACCAGAAGACUCACAUAGGAGAGAUAUGCUUUGAAUGUCCUGAUUGUGGGAGAGGUUUCAGUCAUAAUUCCCGCCUGGUAAUACAACAGAGGAUUCUCUCAAUGGAGAAACCUUAUGAGUGUCGAGAUUGUGGGAAAGGUUUCAUUAGAAAUUCCCACCUCCUGAGACACAAAAUCACACACACAGGAGAGAAACCCUUUGAAUGUCCCAACUGUGGGAAAAGCUUUAGUGAUAAUUCCAGCCUGGUGAAACACCAGAGGACUCAUAUGGGAGAGAAACCCUUUGAAUGUCCCGACUGUGGGAAAAGCUUUAGUGAUAAUUCCAGCCUGGUGAAACACCAGAGGACUCACACAGGAGAGAAACCCUUUGAAUGUCCUGACUGUGGGAAACGUUACAGUCAGAAUUCCCACCUGGUGAUACACCAGAGGACUCACACAGGAGAGAAACCCUUUGAAUGUCCUAUCUGUGGGAAAAGCUUUAGUGAUAAUUCCAAUCUGCUGACACACCAGAGGACUCACACAGGAGAGAAACCCUUUGAAUGCCCUGACUGUGGGAAACGUUACAGUCAGAAUUCCCACCUGGUGACACACCAGAGGACUCACACAGGAGAGAAACCCUUUGAAUGUCCUAUCUGUGGGAAAAGCUUUAGUGAUAAUUCCAAUCUGCUGACACACCAGAGGACUCACACAGGAGAGAAACCCUUUGAAUGUCUUGACUGUGGGAAACGUUACAGUCAGAAUUCCCACCUGGUGAUACACCAGUGGACUCACACAGGAGAGAAACCCUUUGAAUGUCCUAUCUGUGGGAAAAACUGUAGCGAUAAUUCCAAUCUGCUGACACACCAGAGGACUCACACAGGAGAGAAACCCUUUGAAUGUUCUGACUGUGGGAAACGUUACAGUCAGAAUUCCCACCUUGUGAUACACCAGAGGACUCACACAGGAGAGAAACCCUUUGAAUGUCCUAUCUGUGGGAAAAGUUUUAGUAAUAAUUCCAGCCUAGUGAACCACCAGAGGACUCGCACAGGAGAGAAACCCUUUGAAUGUCCUGACUGUGGGAGAUGUUUCAGUCGUAAUUACACGCUGGUGAUACACCAGAGGACUCACACAGGAGAGAAACCCUUUGAAUGUCCUGAUUGUGGGAAAAGUUUUAGUCAUAGUUCCAGCCUGGUGACACACCAGAGGACUCACACAGGAGAGAAACCCUUUGAAUGUCCUAUCUGUAGGAAAGGUUUUUGUGAUCAUUCCAGCCUGAUGAGACACCAGAAGAUUCACACAGGAGAGAAACUCAUUGAAUGUCCUAUCUGUAGCAAAGGUUUUCGUGAUAAUUCCAGCCUGGUGAAACACCAGAAGAUUCACACAGGAGAGAAACCCUUUGAAUGUCCUGUCUGCAGGAAACGUUUCAAUCAGAAUUCCCACCUAGUGAUACACCAGAGGACUCACACUGUGGAGAAAUCUUUGAAAUGUCCUCCAGAAGUUAAAAGUGUUUUAAUCAGCUGAGAAACAGUUUGGAGACAGCUUGCAUGGGCUGCACGACAAGCCGUGUCCGGCUGUGAGCGGCUGCAGAAGUCGCGCAGCGGUUGAUGCCUGAGAGGAUCCACACUGGGAGUGGUUGGCAUAGCAAAUCUUUGGACUUCUGUCUGGAGGAAGGAGAAUUAUCAAGAAAGUUUGUACUACCUGUCUUGUAGGAGUAGCUGCACACCCAUUAUUCAAAGACACACGGAGGUUAUCCCCUUCACCUACCUCUACAUAAAGCAGGGGUCCUCAGUCUUUUUAAAUUGGCCAAUUCAGCCUGUCAAACUAUUGGGGAGGGGGGGCGGACCAGCUGGGUGGGUGUGGCUAAGAUGUCAUGUGACUGGAUGGGCGUGUGAGGGAAAUGGAAUUAUUUAUGUAAAGAAUGUAGCCUAAGCGACUCCAUAUUUACCCUUCAUAUAAACUGAGGUAACCCUGAGCUAUUUAGGUGUGUAAGACAGUUAGAAAGAGGAAGUAUGUACGAUGCCUUUUCUGAGGAAAUAAUGCCAGACACUUAAGUUAGUACAUUCUGAGUUGGGUCAGGCUGAACCAAGGUAAAUCAGAAGGAAGAUACCCUGUUCCAAUUAAUUGUUUUAGUUAAAGAUGUAUUGAAAGGGUAUUUUUGGGAGGGAAAUACCCCUCCAAGGGGGAAUUCUAAAUUUUGAAAAAGCCAAAAUGUUAUGUAAUGUCCGAAAAACAAUGAUAAGCGGGGGCGUUUUAAUUGUUUUGCCGAUUGCUUGAAAAUGUAUGAAAACCAUGUAUUCGGAGCUUUAAGACGUUCUCUCUCUCCUCCAUGAGAGAACCCUUUUGCAAAAGCUUAAUAUAUUUAUAUAUAUAUAUAU